UCAUAAUGAUUUUUUUUUCUUGAGGCUUGGUCGUGGAGUUGCUGAAAAAGUAGUAGGUGCGGGACUAAGAUGCAUUGUUAGCAACCAAGACAAGUGGUAUCUUGAUCACUUGGAUGCCACAUGGGUUGGUUUCUAUAUGAAUGAACCACUUGUAAAUAUCACCAAGCCUGAGCAACAGAAACUAGUCCUUGGUGGUGAAGUAUGCAUGUGGGGAGAAACGGCAGAUGCAUCAGAUAUAGAGCAAACAAUAUGGCCCCGCGCUGCAGCAGCAGCAGAGCGUCUAUGGACCCCAAUUUCGAAGCUAGCAACAGAUCCCAAGAUAGUUGCACCCAGAUUGGCUCAUUUCAGAUGCUUACUCAACCGAAGAGGAGUCGCCGCUGCGCCGUUGUUUGCUCCUGGUAGAGGCACUCCAACGUUCACAGGCUCCUGCAUCCAACAGUAAUCACAGAGCACCUCUUCCGGAUAUCAACCUUGGACUAUUUAUUGGGUAUUAGGCUGCAAAAUAACCUUUUUAUAUAAAUGAGAGAGGGUGGGGUGGGGGUGGGCAUGUUUGUAUUCUCUAUUCCAAUAUUUUAAAUGCUGUAAAAAUAAAACGAAACUGCAAGACACAAAUCAAGCAGUUUUCCUUCAUUGCCUGGUUAACUGUAAUCUACUGCUUUCCAUAAAAGUGUGCGUAUUGCAUAAAAUAAUCUACUGGUUUCCAACUAAAGCUGAUUCCUCUGUAUAAAACUGAAUUAUGAUAAUGCACGGGGACUAAUCCCAGUAUGCAUACAAUGAUAUGCACGGGGACUAAUCCCACUAUGCAUACAAUGCUGCAAAUCUUUUCACA